GAGAAGAGGAGACGCUCUCAGAUCAGUCAGUGGCUUCAUGGAGUUAUGUACCUCUGAUCCGCCGCCAUGGAUUGCAAUCCGCGAUCACUUCUUUUCAUUUUACCUCUUUUAUUGUCCUGCGUUAUUCCUGCGUUUCCCGUCAUCUACCCCCCGAAUGAAGUUAACCUGUUAGACUCUAAAGCAAGCCAAGGGGAGUUAGGAUGGAUUUCCUACCCAUCGCAUGGGUGGGAGGAGAUCAGCGGGGUCGAUGAGCACUACACUCCCAUCCGGACCUUCCAGGUAUGCAAUGUGAUGGAGUACAGCCAGAACAACUGGCUUCGUACCAACUGGAUCCCCCGCCAGUCGGCUCAGAAGAUCUACGUGGAGCUGAAGUUCACCCUGAGGGACUGCAACUCCAUCCCGUUGGUGUUGGGUACCUGCAAAGAGACCUUCAACCUCCUCUACCUGGAGGCAGAUGACGACCAGGGCAGUCACUUCAGAGAGCACCAGUUCUCUAAGAUCGACACCAUCGCAGCUGAUGAGAGUUUCACCCAAAUGGACUUGGGAGAUCGCAUCCUCAAGCUCAACACUGAGGUGCGUGAGGUCGGUCCAAUGACCAAGAAGGGCUUCUACCUGGCGUUCCAGGAUGUGGGUGCCUGCGUAGCUUUGGUUUCAGUGAGGGUUUACUUCAAGAAGUGCCCGAACACUGUGAGGAAUCUGGCCUCCUUCCCUGAUACGGUGCCCAUGGACUCCCAGUCGCUAGUGGAGGUGAAAGGCUUGUGCGUCAAUCACUCCAAAGAGGAGGAGCCUCCACGAAUGUACUGCAGUACGGAGGGGGAGUGGCUUGUUCCUAUUGGGAAGUGUCUAUGCAACCCAGGGUACGAGGAGAGAAGCAACACCUGCCAAAUGUGCAGGGCGGGCUUCUACAAAUCUACGCUUGGAAAUAUGGAGUGUUCAAAGUGUCCGCCCCAUAGCUUCUCCCACCACGAGGGCUCGCUGCACUGUGGCUGCGAGAAGAAUUACUUCCGUGCUGAGGGAGACCCUGCCUCUAUGGCCUGCACCCGUCCUCCUUCAGCUCCUCGAAACGUGAUCUCCUCCAUCAACGAGACUUCAGUAAUCCUUGAAUGGAACUGGCCGGAGGACAGCGGCGGGCGCAGGGACAUCACCUUCACUGUCCUCUGCAAACGCUGCCGUGGGGUCCCUGCUAACGGCAGCAACGCAGGGACCCAGCGCUGUGAGCCGUGCCGGAGCAAUGUUCGCUUCCUGCCGAGAGCCAUUGGCCUUCACAACACCACGGUGACAGUGGGAGAUCUGCUGGCCCACACCAACUACACAUUCGAGAUCGAAGCACAGAACGGAGUGUCACCACUGGCACCAAAGAUGAGGCAGUACGCUGCUGUCGUCAUCACCACCAACCAAGCCGCUCCCUCCCCGGUAACAGUAAUCAAAAAGGAGAAGACGUCUCGAAACAGUGUCUCCCUGUCCUGGCAGGAGCCAGAAAGACCCAACGGCAUUAUCCUCGACUAUGAGAUCAAGUACUACGAAAAGGAGGAGCAGGAGACCAGCUACACCAUCCUCCGUGCCCGGGGUUGUAAUGUGACUCUGAACAGUCUAAAGCCCAACACUGCCUACCUUCUGCAGAUCAGAGCGCGCACCGCUGCAGGAUAUGGAGCCAGCAGCCCCAGUUUCCAGUUUGAGACCAGCCCUGACUCAGCCUUUUCCAUCUCCAGUGAAAACAGCCAAGUUGUUCUGAUCGCCAUCUCCUCCGCCGUGGCCAUCAUCCUGCUCACUGUUCUGCUCUACGUGCUGAUUGGCAGGUUUUGUUGCCACAGCAAAUCCAAACAUCCUGAUGAGAAAAGACUGCACUUUGGCAAUGGCCACUUGCGUUUGCCGGGUAUCAGGACCUAUGUGGACCCCCACACCUAUGAGGACCCGAGCCAGGCUGUGCACGAGUUUGCCAAGGAGCUGGACGCCUCCUGCAUCGCUAUCGAUAAAGUGGUGGGAGCGGGUGAGUUUGGUGAGGUGUGCAGUGGGCGCCUGAAGCUGCCCAGCAAGAAGGAGAUCUGUGUGGCCAUCAAGACCUUGAAAGGAGGAUACACAGACAAACAGAGGCGGGACUUCCUCGCUGAGGCAUCAAUCAUGGGACAGUUUGAUCAUCCCAACAUCAUCAGGCUGGAGGGGGUGGUGACCCGCAGUAAACCUGUCAUGAUUGUCACAGAAUACAUGGAGAACGGAUCACUGGACAGUUUUUUGAGGAAACAUGAUGCUCAGUUUACAGGCAUCCAGUUGGUGGGCAUGCUGCGUGGUAUUGCCUCGGGCAUGAAGUAUCUGUCAGACAUGGGCUACGUUCAUAGAGAUCUGGCAGCUCGGAACAUCCUGGUCAACAGCAACCUGGUGUGUAAAGUGUCAGACUUCGGCCUGUCGCGAGUCCUGGAGGACGACCCGGAGGCUGCUUACACCACCAGGGGAGGUAAGAUCCCCAUCCGGUGGACAGCUCCAGAGGCUAUCGCCUACAGGAAGUUUACGUCAGCCAGUGAUGCGUGGAGUUAUGGCAUUGUACUCUGGGAAGUGAUGUCAUAUGGGGAACGGCCAUACUGGGAGAUGUCCAAUCAGGAUGUAAUAAAAGCUGUAGAUGAGGGGUACCGUCUCCCCCCGCCCAUGGACUGCCCUGCCACCCUCUACCAGCUGAUGUUGGACUGCUGGCAGAAAGAGCGGAACAAUCGGCCGAAGUUUGAACAGAUAGUCAGCAUCUUGGAUAAACUUAUCCGCAACCCUGGUAGCCUCAAAAUCACAGCCAACACAACAUCAAGGCCAGCGAACUUGUUGUUGGACAGGAGCAGCUCAGAGGUUCCCUCGAUGGGGACGAUGGGUGACUGGAUGGAUGGAAUGAGGACCUUACCCUGCAAAGAGGCCUUCUCUGGGGUCAGCUACAGCUCCUGUGACACCCUGGCCAAGACCUCCACAGAUAGAGUGGUUCUGACGGAGGUCCAUGUCACGCCGGCCACUUGCCCAGAAUGGGAGCCGUCCAUGGGAAUCACCACUCUCUAACACCUGGCUCCUCCUCCCCAGGCUCUGGAUGGGAUCUGAAAAAGGUUGGAGUGACUAUCGUAGCACCGCAGAAGAAGAUCGUGAGCAGCCUCAAAGCCCUUGAUUCUCACACCAAGAAUGGCCCAGUACCUGUUUAGAAAAAGGAACCCAACGAAUAAAAAACACCAGAGACCUGUCUAUUGGUGUGGUUGCCAAUCACAGCCUAACACUGUGGCUUCAUUUGUAAACAGGAAACGGAUGGAAAACACGAAAUGGUUUAAAUGAGGGCUGUCAACGUUUUGAUGAAAGACCAUAUCAUGUCCUGACAGGAAAACAGGAAGUGUUCAGUGCAGACCUGCCAGCUGGUGAAAUGCCAGACUCUUCCACCCUCCAUCCCUCCAUGCCCACGUUGAGAUGCCUUACAGACAUAGAGGAGGGUUGGAAAAGCAGUGGAAGUCCAAGGAGGUCAGAGAAACCUUACCAGCGAUACUACAUAGGACUGGACUGUGAUACAAGGCAAAAACUGGACUAACAAACAGCCGGAGCUCUCCAAAAUGAGCUUAGCAGGAAAGCUUAGCUUUCCCUUUACGGCUAAAAAGGGAUGGGCAUGCUCACAGUCUCCACCCAUCACGCCCGAUUAGCAGCCUGCGAAACAAGAAGGUGAAAUGGCUGAGAUGCCUUGCAGGUAGAGCAUGGCACAUAGCAGUACCUCACUCGGGUGUGGACCCUUCCUGGACUUUAUGAGGUCUGAGGUGCGAGAUUUUGUUGAAACUACCUACAUUUGCUGUCUCUACAGACACACCAAGAUGACAACCGAGCCAUUUAACUCUGUAGCUCUAACCUAUAGCAUUUGCAUUCAGUAGACAUGUCACAUAAAAGCAAUAAUCAUGAUAUUCUGUUAAAUCGUCUCAUUGUGUGGAAGCUGUGAGUCUGUCACAUGUACAAUGUAUCGAACGCUGUGCUCUGAAGGUCCAGGGGCCAUAACUCACAUCACACAUAUACUUUUCUUUAUGGUGACAUCUAUGUUCUGUUGGCUUAUGAUCUGAUGUUGUAUAGUUCUGCUAUGUCCUCAACCCAAGGCCCUUUGUGUGAAAUCUCAGGAUGUAUACAUUAUUUCUUCUUACAAUGGGAAACAGAAAGAGAGAAUGAAGGAGAGUCAUGAUUUGAGCGUGCAGCUUAAGAGUACAAAAAAUGGUGGAACUGUUAGAGAGACAUUCAUAAAAGGCAAAAGAGAACUUGAAUGAGACAAAGUGGUGUCAUGCAUACCUCUUCUUUGUUUUGUAUUUUAAAGUAGAAGCAAGUUUGUUCUCAAGUUUCUUCCUUAGGUAGGACAGUUUAAUUGACCCAAGAAAACAUCAGGUAUCAUUGUCUUUCUAAGAGUUUUAUGGAUUUAUCUACAGCGUACCAUUAGUGAAGAAGGUUGAGAUCAACAAAGCUGAUGUGAGGAUGUCUUAGUCUCUUUGCUUUCGCCAAACCAUAACUUAUUAACAAAAGCAUACAUUUAAUAAAAUAACUAUCUUUGUUUUAGUAUUAAAUUAAUUCUUUAUCUUUAAAUCCUGGUAUGUUUGAUGCAAAACAUAGAGUGCCUCCCGGAGAUGGUUUGGAUCAUGGCAAGAUCCUCAAGCAAAAAGGUCCAGUUUUAUUUUAUAUUCCGUAAAGUCAUGGUCGUCAUCCUGUGUUGUCAUAGGAGCAUGGUUUUUUUUUUUCAUCACUGCCCUGAACUAGCAAGGUGUGAACAUGCCCUGAGAAAGAUGCAACACUUUUGAUAAAUAAUAACUUUCCAGAUUGUUAUCCUUGUUCAUCAUACUGUACGUCCAGGAUGGGAUUUCCUAAAGACACCUUAGAACACUGAUGAUCUUUGUACCAUUAAGUACAAACCAACAGAUGUUUGUCCCAUGCUUUGAUGUCACCCAGUCUAACCCUCAGCGCAACAUUUAUCCAGUAUUUCUAAACUGGCACUUUGGUACUUUGGUGCUGUUGGUCGGGUCAUUUUAACCCUGAAGGUAUCUCCAAGCUUCUCCCCAGCACUUACUGUGGUACAAAAUAUUUGAGCACUUUGAAUGGAACUGUUAUUGCCAUGGAUGAAGGUGAAUCUAAUGGACAGUGGUGAUGCUUUUGGGAAUCCCAGCCCUGUUCAGUGUGUCAGUCGCUCCUCUGUUAAUCGGUCUACCUGUGGAUGCUGCUGUUGCUGCUAUGUGUUCCAAUUAGCGUGUACAUACUGUAAACCAUCAUAAUGAUAGCAACUAGCUCUACAGAUCCCACUAUAUGUACAUGGCCAUCCUUCUUUGUACAAAUGUUUGUAUGUAUAAAAGAAUAAAUAAAAAAUUGUGCAACAUUUUUAAUUAAAAAAGAGACAAAAAUCAUCUGUAUUAUAUUUUAUCUGAUUUUGAAUUAUAUGUGUCUGCUUUGUUUUUGUUUUUUUUCUACAAUAAAAAGACAAGUUUGACAUCAUUAUUUAUUUGUUUAACAUUAUACAGCGCAAUGUUGAUGCUUUUUUUGUAGCAUACAGUAAAUUAUGUGUCAGUGCUGUCUGUGUUUUGGUUUUUGACUUACUUUUUAAACCUGGGACAUCGGAGCGAGCAAUACGGUUAUGCACCCUUUUCUGUCUCAAGACUGACCCGUGUGUCUGUGUGAGAGUUUACGUGUGCAAACGUAGAUGGCCUUGUCUACUAAUGUAAAAUGAUUUGUAGUGGAAACAUUUAUAUUUUUAUAAUAAAUAUUGGCAAAAUAUUUUCCAAAAAAUGGAUGAUGA